AAUUCGAUAGAGUAGCACUACAUGUUUCAAUGGAAAUUUGACCCUUUCAGCAAUGAAAAAGCACGAACUUGAGAAGACAACAUAACUAAUCGUCUCCGACAAGACGAUAACAACAACAUUCUCAGAACUAUAAACUCCACUCGCUGAGGUAGCCAUUACCUUAACCAAUCCAAACUCCACCUUUUUGGGUCGAUCCAUGCUAUUCCAUGCCAAAGUGCUCUACCUCUCCGAUUAGGCUUCUCACACUCUCUCUUCGAACAACUCUCCAUCUGGGUUUCUCCCAAACCCUAACACUUUCCUCUUACUCUUCUGCUUCCGAUGCCCAUCAACCCCUUUCACCUCAAAUCUUCAAAUCAGGUACCAAAAUGGGUUCUUACAAAUUGGGUGAUUUAUCUUUCUACUCCCUCAUUGAGAAUUACGCCUCUUCUUUUGAUUUUGAGUCCUUGGAAGAGGUUCUGGAUCAAAUGAAGCGUGAAAGAAGAGUUUUUAUUGAGAAAAAUUUCAUCAUCAUGUUCAAGGCUUAUGGGAAAGCCCAUUUACCUGAAAAAGCUGUGAACUUGUUCCACAGAAUGGGGUGUGAGUUUCAGUGUAGGCAAACUGUGAAAUCCUUCAAUUCUGUUCUCAAUGUGAUUAUUGAAGAGCGUCUUUUCAAUCGUGCUUUGGAGUUUUAUUCUCGUGUUACUGCAUCCAAGAGUUUGAACAUACACCCAAAUGCACUCACUUUUAACUUGGUGAUUAAGGCCAUGUGUAAGCUUGGUUUGGUUGACAAAGCUAUUGAAGUUUUUAGAGAGAUGCCUCUAAGGAAUUGUGCUCCUGAUACUUAUACAUACUCUACAUUGAUGCAUGGUCUGUGCAAUGAGGGUAGAAUUGAUGAGGCUGUUUCAUUGUUGGAUGAAAUGCAGAUUGAAGGCACGUUUCCUAACCCUGUUGCGUUUAAUGUGUUGAUCAGUGCACUGUGUAAGAAGGGUGACUUGGCACGUGCAGGCAAGCUGGUUGAUAAUAUGUUUCUUAAGGGUUGUGUUCCGAAUGAAGUGACUUAUAAUGCACUUGUUCAUGGGUUGUGCCUUAAGGGUAAGUUGGACAAGGCGGUGAGUCUCUUGAAUCAGAUGGUGUCGAAUAAGUGCAUGCCUAAUGAUGUUACUUUUGGAACACUUGUUAAUGGGUUUGUCAAGCAUGGUAGAGCUUCUGAUGGGGCUCAUGUGUUGGCCUCCUUGGAGGAGAGAGGUCGUCAUGGUAACGAGUAUGUAUACUCGUCCCUUAUCAGUGGUCUGUUCAAGGAGGGAAAAUUCAAUCAUGCAAUGCAGUUGUGGAAGGAAAUGGUUGGAAAAGGAUGUGAACCAAAUACUGUAGUGUAUAGUGCUCUUAUAGAUGGUCUUUGCCGAGAAGGGAAGCCAGAUGAAGCAAGGGAGGUACUAUUUGAGAUGAAGAAUAAAGGUUAUUUGCCCAAUUCUUUCACUUAUAGCUCCCUAAUGAGGGGUUAUUUUGAAGCAGGUGAUAGCCAUAAAGCUAUUCUUGUUUGGAAAGAGAUGGAAUAUAAUAGUUGUGAUCAUAAUGAGGUUUGUUACAGUGUGCUCAUUAAUGGCCUGUGCAAGGGUGGGAAGCUUAUGGAGGCCUUAAUGGUGUGGAAGCAAAUGCUGAGUAGAGGAAUUAAAUUAGAUGUUGUGGCUUACAGUUCAAUGAUUCAUGGCUUUUGUAAUGCUAACUUGGUAGAACGUGGCCUAAAACUUUUCAAUCAGAUGCUUUGUCAGGAGUCAGAGUUACAACCAGACGUGAUCACAUAUAACAUACUCUUAAAUGCUUUUUGCGGGCAGAAUAGCAUCUCCCGCGCUAUUGAUAUUCUAAAUGUUAUGCUAGAUCAAGGCUGUGAUCCUGAUUUUAUUACAUGUGACAUUUUCUUGAAAAUUUUAAGAGAAAAUAUGAAUCCACCUCAAGAUGGGAGGGAGUUUCUAGAUGAGCUUGUAGUUCGGUUAGCUAAGCGACAGAGAACAAUAGGUGCUUCCAAAAUUAUAGAAGUGAUGUUACGUAAAUUUUUACUGCCCAAAGCAUCUACUUGGGCAAUAGUUGUUCAACAGCUCUGCAAACCUAAGAAUGUUCGAACAGCCAUUAAUGAAUGUUGGAGCAGGCUAUAUUGCUGAUAUCUUGUAAGACAUGCUAUUCAAUUACAAUUUCCUUGAACCUUAAAAACUCUGGAUACAGGGAUUCUUUAUCAAGGUCCUCAAGCAUAAAUGCAUAAUGCCUCAAACUUCCAGAAGGCAGAUACAAUGAUACACGCCAGAUACAUAAUUUUCCUUAUCCUAAUUUCAUUUUGUGUGCGCGGAGAUGUUGGUGUGAGCCAAACAGGUGACAAAUGAUUAUCGCACCAUUUAACCACUGCAGCUGUCUAAACCUCUCACUUGCUUUUGUCCAUUCAAAAUAUUAAUGUUAUGCAACUUACGAUGGUGAUCAGAAUCUUAAAACGGUAAAGUGCUCAACUAUCAUAUAGUCAAGUGUAUUUGUACUGGGCUCAGUCAAGGUUAUUGAUUGUGUAUGCAUGUUACAAUUUCUUAAAAUGCUGUCUGAAAAUUUGGCCAGUAAAUAAUUUUAUACAACUUGCAAGUAUUUUACAGAUUGCAAUUGUGCAAGGCAAAUGAAAGUAAAUGAUGAUGAACUAGUGAACUGGAUUGCUACUGAUGCCAACAUACAGAAGUGUAAUUUUCUUUUGUGGGCAUGUGCGGAGUCCAUACAUUGCUUUGUCUCUAUGUGCAAAGGCAAAGAAUGAAAGGGUGAUUUUCUCAUUAUAGUUUUCUCUCUCUCAGACCCUGCCAUAUCUAUUCUUCUUUGUAAUUUGCUUGUUUUCCUUGCUCCUUUCCUUUUAUAUUUGUCUGGCACCCUGGGUUUAAAAAAAUAUCCAAGUUUCUUAGUGCUCGUUUGGUUCAAAGUUUAGUAGCCUUGAUUUUAAUAAAAUUGAUUGAAGCAUUGAAUGUAAUUGAUAUACACGUAUAAAUUAAUUUAAAUCACACAUUUUUAUUGGAACGUAUGCUUUUCAUUAGAAAAUGCAAGAAUUGAUUUUGUUAACUCCUAAAUAUCACAGUUGUAGAUUUAAAUUGAGUGGGAAAAUUGUGGGGCUAUGAGUGAUGAUGCCAAAACGAAAGUGAUAGUAAUUGUUGUUUAUUCGAUCAUUUCAUAUAUAUAUCAAGUUUCUUAAACUUCCUCUAUUCCAGUAGUAUAAUCAGAAAUAAGAAACCUUUUGUUGAUACUUCAUUCUUGAUUGCUAAUAACUUUUUUGUUAAUCUAAUGUAUAGCUUUUGGCUUUUUACGCUCUGAUUCGCAUUAUUAAUUCCUUGAAGCAUGAUAGAGGUAUGAUGAAUGUUAGGUUAUUGUUUUGCACUUAUUGUUAGGUUCUUGUUCUUCUCUUAUCCAACUAGACCAGUGCAACAAAAUUUUCAGUGUUGAACCAGGGUAAGCUUGUACGAGUGGAUGAAUAUUGGAAGGGUUAUUGGAAUAAAUAUGACAAAAAUAACUAAAACCAUCUUUAGCUAGUUCCUUUUUAGGUGUCUCUUUGAUGAGCCAUGCUCAAUGGCCUUAAAUUUUCAUUUCACAAACUUCUCUCACUUCAACUGGAAGCAAUAGAAAUGUAAAACAUAAUUUCCUGAUAACUUCUGGAUCUGUUACUUAGUACAUUGAAUCCUCUAUCAAAACAUUGUCUUUUGUUGAUUAAAUUGGUUUGAUCUUUUAUUAAUUAAUGUUAAUAUAUUGGUAAUGAUAUACUCUUCUUCAAGUAAUGAAUGACAUGCACAUUCUUUACCCCGGAAUUCGUAUCCCUUUUUUCAUCACUUCUUCGUCAUGGAUUAAUGGGGUUUUCUCUGCUUUUAUCUUGUUCGUUUAAUUGUGUCAAGACUGCUAUUUAUUUGUCCUGCUUUAUAAUUUCCUCUUUUGUUCAAAACUUAGUAACAUAUAAAUAUUUAUUUUGUCAUCUUAUAUUAUACUAUCUGACAGGAUUUCAAUUUGAUUAUCAAUUAUUAGCGGAUAAUUACAGAACAGGGCCUUGACUUGGAAGAGUUGAACCAAAGGCUAUCGCUGUUGAGUUGGUACGGCAGAGUAAGGCAUCUACUGAAGGCUAGCAAUCUACAAAGGGUUUCUGUAAACUAAGUAACAUUUUUCAUUGAUGAGCAAAUUUUCUUCAAAUUGCAUUCAUUGCCUCUACUUGUUGUGAGGACGUACCCGUUUAAUUUUUAAAAAUUCUGCUACCGUUUAACAUAUUUAAACUACUCUUAUCACGCUCUC